GUGGCUACGGAGCGAACACGAAGAAGACGCAAAAGAAGAAGUACAACCGCGAUGGAUAGCCCCAAGAUGGACGGCGGGCGGCGACCAAGGAAACGGCACUCGCCCCACACAAAGUCGCCAACAACGCCGUCGGCACCUUCUCCGCCGGUGAGCCACUUGGCUACAGCCGACGGCCACCGCUCGCCUUCAACGACCCCGUCCUCUAUGGUGACGCGUAGUGGGACACGGAGCCCGGGCGCCACCAGCGGAUCCAGGUCACGUGGCACGCACCUUGGAUACAAUUAUUACAGCCGCAGCAGGCAGACCCCUCGCUCCGAGGACUGCCACUUCCCGAUGUGCGGCCAACGCGCUACCAUCCUGACCCUGUCUGUGUUCUCGGUCUUGGUGAUGGUGGCGAUUUUAGUCACCCUGAUGCUUUCUCUCUACGCCGGCACGGUGCACUACACUCCGAAACGCCAGCCGCGUUUCGUCUCUCCCAGCGUCAUGGGCGUCUACCGUGACUGGGUCGUCGUCUCGAGCGCCCGCCAGUGCAACAACGUCACCAGAAAUAUUUUUAUCAAGAACGGAACCGUGGGCGACGCCGCCGUGGCCACCAUGCUGUGCAUGUGCGUCGUCAUGCCUCACCGGUGCGGACUUGGAGGGGGAUUCGCGGCCACCUACUACAACCGGAAGACGACGAACGCGACGGCUGUGUUGGCCACGGCCAGGGCCCCAGCUGCGUCCUCGCUCGGCAUGUUCCGGAGCAACAUCAACGCCUCGUUCACCGGUGUAAGAGCUGUAGCGACGUUCGGCGAGCUGAAGGGCUACGAACUGCUGCUCAACGUGACCGGCAGCCGCGUCCCUUGGCGAGAACUGUUCGAGGAUGCGAUCACGCUUGCCGCAGGGGGUGUUCGGGUGUACGACGAUCUGGCCCGCAACAUCGCCACAGUGGCUGACGACCCAGACUUCAGCGCCAGAAAGUAUCUGCAAAACCCCACGACGACGCGCGUCCUUAAGCCUGGCGACGUGUACCGCAACGAGAAGCUGGCUGAAACGCUUCGCCAGAUAGCCGAUAGUCCCGUGAGGGGGCGCUUUCUCCACUCGGGACCGGUGAUGGAAGCCUCGAUCAAGGAGCUCAGGAGCGAUGGUGGAAUACUGACCGCGGAGGACUUCGCAUCGUUCAAGGUAGAAGCUACUGCUGCCGUGUCGAUGGUGAUAUCUUCGCACCUCAGACUGUUCACAACGCCGCCGCCGACGUCUGGCGCUAUUCUCGCCUUCGUGAUGUCUAUUGUAGACAAGAUCCAGCGCGGCGGCCGCCUUCCCGACGACAUCAGCAGUGCGCACUAUACUGUGGAGGCUCUCAAGUUCGGAUUCGCACGGCGCUCUCAUUUGGGAGACCCAGAGGCGCCGGAAGUCAGACAGUCGGUAAGGAGGCUGCUGAAGGAGCUGCUGAACGGGAAUGUGUCUGAAUCCGUGGCCCGCGGGUGGAUCAGAGAGUUGCCCAACGCGGACGCUAGCUACUACGGACUCGAGCCGUCAUCUGGCACCGACCAUGGUUCAGGCCAGAUGUGCGUCAUCAGCCCAGAUGGUGAUGCGCUCUGCCUCGUCAGCAGUCUGAAUGCACCGUUCGGGGCCCGCUUCCUGUCGGAGGUUACCGGAGUGUGGUACAACAACUACAUGAGCGCCUUCUCUUCGCCGUACGAACAGAGUGGACACGCAAUGCCUUCCAGCGAGAACAACUAUAUCCGACCCGGAAUGCGCCCCUUGUCAUCGUUCUGCCCAACUCUGAUUGUCGAUGAGAAAGGCAACGUCGUUUUCGCCACAAGUGCCACGGGCGGACAGGCGAUCAUCUCUGGCAUAGUUCAGGUUCUGGUACGGUGCCUGUGGAUGGCUCACAACGUGAAGCAAAGCAUCGACGCCGGCCGCCUUCACAACCAGCUGCAUCCCGAAAACGUCGUCUACCACGAGAACACCACCGAUAAGGACGUGCUGGCCAGUCUCAAGUGGCGCGGUCACGAGCUGAGAGCCUUCACGUGGCCAGGGGCCGUGAUUGCCGUCCGCCGUCGAAGCGGGGCCAUCUACGAGGCGUGCCACGACUACCGCGAUGGUACCAUCGCGUCUUCGGACGGAGGACAACUGACUGAGAAGCCGCGUUUGCCACCCUGACACAUUUUACUCACGCAAAAUGUUAGAUGUGAGCAUUUCAGCACGUUAUAUAAUUUCGGCGCCUGUGGAAUUCGAGUCACAUAUUACACGCGGUAAUUUAUUUAUUUAUUUAUUUGUUUCCUUGCGCUGAAUUUCACCUUGAAGACUUGCCUAAGUUCCCGUAAAACAUCCUAGAGGAAGCAGAUUAGACACACUCUCAUAGCUUUCUGUCGAUUCUUUUUUUUUAUGCAGUCACUUUGCGAAGAGCCAUUACGAGUUGCCUUGUCAUUGUGCACUCCAUGCAUUUCCCUUUUUUUAUGGCUGGACUUUAGGGCUUCGUGUUUGUGACCGCUUCCUUCGCGAUAACAUUUUUAUCGCAGUUACUUCGUGUCUCAACCGUCCGCUAUAGUACAGACUUUCUAAAUAUUACCGAAACCUCUAGAGCUUUAGAAUGCCUUGUUCUGAUAACAUUAAAAUAUAUGCGUACCGAUA